CGCCUCGCGCUCCCCUCGGGCCCGGAGCCGCGGGAGCAGCAGGAGGAGCAGGAGCAGCAGGAGCCGAGGGGCGCGCGGCGCGGCAUGGACGCCCCCUCGGUCGGCGCGCUCCUGGCCCUGCCCGCCCUGCUCCAGCUGGCAGCUGCGGGCGGCUCGCCGGGGCCGGGCGCGCUGCUGCGGGGCUGCCCCGCGCGCUGUCGCUGCGAGCUGGACGGCAGGACGCUGCUGCGGGUGGACUGCGCGGACCUGGGGCUCGCGGCGCCGCCCGCCGACCUCAGCGCCUUCACCUCCUUCCUAGACCUCAGCAUGAACAACAUCAGCCAGCUGCCCCCGCACCCCCUGCGCGGCCUCCGCUUCCUGGAGGAGCUACGCCUCGCCGGAAACGCCUUGACCUCUGUUCCCAAGGGAGCAUUCGCCGGCCUUUACAGCCUCAAAGUUCUUAUGCUGCAGAACAAUCACCUGAGACAGGUACCUGCAGAAGCUCUCCAGAAUUUACGAAGCCUUCAGUCCCUGCGGCUGGACGCCAACCGCAUCGGCCGCGUGCCCCCCGGCUGCUUCGGCGGCCUGCGCGCCCUGCGGCACCUGUGGCUGGACGACAACGCGCUGACCGAGGUGCCCGUCCGCGCCUUCCGGAGCCUCCCGGCGCUGCAGGCCUUGACCCUGGCCCUGAACAGCAUCCGCCACGUCCCGGACGGCGCCUUCGCGGAGCUCUCCAGCCUGGUGGUUCUGCAUCUCCAUAACAAUAGAAUCCACUCCCUGGGAAAGAAGUGCUUUGAAGGGCUCCACAGCCUGGAGACGCUAGAUUUAAAUUAUAAUAAUCUUGAUGAAUUCCCCACUGCAAUCAGAACACUCUCCAACCUUAAAGAACUAGGGUUCCACAGCAACAACAUCAGGCUGAUCCCCGAGAAAGCGUUUGUAGGCAACCCUUCUCUCGUUACAUUACAGUUCUACGACAACCCCAUCCAGCUUGUCGGAAGAUCUGCUUUUCAGCAUUUGCCUGAACUGAGAACGCUGACUUUGAAUGGUGCCUCACAAAUCACUGAGUUUCCUGAUUUAACUGGAACUGGGAGCCUAGAGGGUCUGACUUUAACUGGAGCACAGAUCUCGUCUCUUCCUCGAACCGUGUGCGCCCAGUUCCCUAACCUGCGAGUGCUAGAUCUAUCUUACAACCUGCUGGAAGAUUUGCCCAGUUUCUCAGGCUGCCAAAAGCUUCAGAAAAUAGACCUUCGACGCAACGGGCUCUGUGAGAUCAGAGUGGACACUUUCCAGCAGCUGCCUGCCCUCCGGUCGCUAAAUUUAGCUUGGAACAAAAUUGCCAUUAUUCACCCCAGUGCAUUUUCUACGUUGCCUUCUCUGAGAAAACUUGACCUGUCGUCCAACCGCCUGUCGUCCUUUCCUGUAACCGGGUUACGUGGUUUAACUCACUUAAAAUUAACAGGAAAUCAUGGCCUGCAGAGCUUGAUAUCAUCUGAAAACUUUCCAGAACUCAAGGUUAUAGAAAUGCCUUAUGCUUACCAGUGCUGUGCAUUUGGUGUGUGUGAGAGCGUCUAUAAAAUUUCCAGUCAGAGGAAUGAAGGUGACAACAGCAGCACAGGCGACCUUCACAGGAAAGAUGAGGGGAUGCUUCAAGUCCAAGAUGAGCGCGAUCUCGAGGACUUCCUGCUUGACCUUGAGGAAGACCUGCAGGCCCUUCACUCCGUACAGUGCUCACCUUCCCCAGGCCCCUUCAAACUCUGCGAAUACCUGUUGGGCAACUGGCUGAUCCGAAUUGGCGUGUGGACCAUCGCGGUUCUGGCCCUUACUUGCAAUGCCUUGGUGACCUCGACAGUAUUCGGAGCCCCGCUGCACCUCUCUUCCGUAAAACUGCUCAUUGGGUUAACAGCCAUGGUGAACAUGCUCACGGGGGCCUGCAGCGCGGUGCUGGCUGGCGUGGAUGCCGUCACCUUUGGCAGCUUUGCGCGGCAUGGUGCACAGUGGGAGCAGGGCGUCGGUUGCCAGGUCGUCGGGUUUUUGUCCGUUUUUGCUUCGGAAUCAUCUGUUUUCCUGCUGACUCUGGCAGCCCUGGAGCGUGGGUUCUCUGUGAAAUGCUCUGCAAAGUUUGAAAGGAAAGCCCCUUUUUCCAGCCUGAAAGCCGCCAUCCUGCUGUGUGCCAUGCUGGCGCUGGCCCUGGCCUCGGCCCCACUGCUGGGCGGCCGUGAGUACAGCACGUCCCCGCUCUGCCUCCCGCUGCCCUUCGGCGAGCCUGGCACCACGGGCUACGUGGUGGCCCUCGUCUUGCUCAACUCCUUCUGCUUCCUUGUGAUGACUGUGGCCUACACCAGGCUCUACUGCGGCCUGGAGAGGGGCGGCCGGGGCAGCGCCUGGGACUGCUGCAUGGUGAGGCACGUGGCGCUGAUGCUCUUCACCAACUGCGUCCUCCACUGCCCCGUGGCUUUCUUGUCCUUCUCCUCUUUACUGAACCUCACCUUUGUCAGCCCUGAGGUAACUAGGUUUAUCCUUCUGGUGAUCGUCCCGCUUCCUGCCUGUCUCAAUCCCCUUCUGUACAUCCUCUUCAACCCCCACUUUAAGGAGGAUCUGGGCAGCCUGGGAGAGCAAACCCGCCUUUGGACAAGAUCGAAACACACCAGCCUGAUGUCUGUGAACUCUGAUGAUGCCGAGAAGCAGUCCUGCAACUCCACCCAGGCCUUGGUGACCUUCCCCCGUGCCCGCAUGGCCUAUGACCUGCCCGCCGACUCCACAGUGCCACCAGCUCACCCAGGGCCUGAGAGCCGUCACCUCUCGUCUGUGGCAUUUGUCCCAUGUCUCUGAUUAAUUCGUGAAAGAAAAGUUUCCUAAAAUCGAAAAUCCAAAAAUGUGAGAUUGAGUACAUCUGAACAGUAACUGAAAAGAGCUGAGUUGAAACUUGAUUUUUUUUUUAAUCUCAGUGAGAAAAAGCUGAAAGCCUAUUGAUACUGGAGAAUGAAAAAUAAGUCUAAAUGCUGCCUGGAUAACUUGUUCAGCUAAGAGAGAGAUCAGUCACACUAUUUAGGUAAGCUAGAUUCUCAAAAAACAGAUUGAAAUGUUCAAGAACGAUUCUCCAUAAUUUCAUUUGAAUUCUUUUGAAACUCACCAAUCUAAUGAUUUGGGGCGGGGGACCACUUGUUUACCAAAGGGGUUUUAAACCAAAAACCCCCUUAACAGAUGUUUGGAGGUAUUAGGAAAACGAAAGUUCCAAGUGGCCUGCGUUACUGAGUGGAGGCUGUGGCAGUGGGAUCUCAGUGUACCGACCACGGGGACGUCCUCCCCUGCUUUCCUCAGAAAGGCUCCUUCCAGGCCGCCAAGCCUCCCCGCCCCAGCCCAGUGAGUGGAUAACAUAAGGUAUUAUUAAUUUGUUCAUAGUUCAUGUUUAGAAAUGCCAGGUUUUACGUGUCAGCACUAGAAGUUUCUACUCUCAGUAGAAUAAAACUGCUUACAACUAUGUGGAAAGGAAUGUGAACUUAAAUUCUUAAAUUGCCAUGAUGGCAGUCACGUACAGGCGAGCUUUGCCGUAUCUAAUUCAUUUUUAACUCCCUGGUGCCCAGAGCUCAGAAGAAAAGUCCAUUGCCGGCAGUGGAUGGACCUAGAAAAGAGGGUAGGCAACUUGGGAUUUUUUUUUCUGGGUGCACAUUUUUUGCAAGAGUUCUUAUUAGUUGAUUCAAGCUGAUGUGCAUCUUAAGGCAAUGAUCAAGUGCACAUGAAUUAAAUCACUGACAGCUUCUCACGUGUGUCUCUAGCAGCAGCCACGUCUGAAGACACUUUGGACUCAGCAGAGGCUUGGUACCAUGAGGCCCUGCUUAGUUAGCCUGGUGUCAGCUGUGUCGACCUACUUGGUGUCAGGAACAGGACUUCUCUGCUCAUUUCGUAUUUAAUACAUGUGUGAGGCAUUUUAAGAAGUGAAAUUAUUAAAUGCUGAAGGUCGAAGGAUGAAUUCUAACUUCUGAUAUACUACAGUGGCUUUAAUGCAUCCAAACCGAGAGACCGUUAGGUAGAUUUAUUUUUAUAUAAGCAUGUUUAUUUUGAUCAGAUGUUUUAAGUUGGAAUUGAAAACAAUACAUUUAUGAGAUGUUUUAUAAGAUGUGUAAAUAUAGAGCUGUAUUUAUUACUACGGUAAAGAUUCAGUGACACUAAGGACCAUGAUAAAAAGCCACGUACAGUGGCAUAUUCUUCCAUAUAUACUGUGUUUCUCUGCCCAUUUUCUUUACAUUCAUUAACUGUGUAUAAUAUAUGUAAAUAUACAGCACUUGUAAAUAGAUCCAAACUUUCUUUUCUAUUGGAUACAAAAUAAAAGAAAUUCGUAAUGAAA